CCGAAACCGAAGCCGUUUGUUCGCCGCCUUCUGUUCGCGGGAACGUGCGACGGCGAUCUGCAACCGCUGUACACUCGAAUUGCGGCUGUGCACAAAAGCAAGGGGCCGCUGGAUGUUUGUUUCUGCGUUGGGAAGUUCAUGUCGGACACCAAUGCCGCGCGGAUGGCCCCCUUCAUGGCGGUAUUCGUUUAUUUUUUCAUAGGGCAGUGUAUUCGUCAUGGAAAACAUUUUUUGUUGCACGCGUGCGCGUGCACGUUGCAUGGAUCUCGAUAAGCGCGACUUUUGUCCUCAAGGCUGCUUCUUCACUUUCUCUGGCAGCUCAACAAGCUCGCUGUUCUUUGUGAACAAGAAAGAAAAAUUUGAUUUAUCACAUACCACAGAACGGCAGCAUUAAGUGCGACAUCCCCCUGUUUUUCCUGGACCAGGAUUCCACCGCGUUUCACAAGCCACACAUGUCCAAGAAGGGCUUCAGCGACGGGAUGAAGGUGACCGACAACCUGCACUACAUUGGCGGGUGCGGCAUCAAGG